AUGGUCGCUGUUGAGACUCGGCGAGGGACGACAGCCGCUCUCCUAGUCCUGGUCUCUCUCGCUUUCUGCGUUCGCUCAGCUCGUGAGGAGACGCUCGAGCUCUUCCCCUCCCUUGGGCUCCAGCUCGCCUCGCGCACGGUCUACCACUUCACCUUCCCCUUCACUUCCGCAAGUCCUCCCGCUUUCCGCUCCUCUCGCCAUACACGUCUGGUCCCGCUCGAACGUAUCGACAAGGUCAUCAUCAACGAAGGACUGCAAGGCGCGGGUGGCAGACAUUACUUGGCUGUCGUGGAGAGGGCAAGCGUAGGAGCGGAAGGAGGAGAGAGAUGGGUGUUCGUCGUUUUCCCGUCAAUCCUUCCCAGCUUGACAGACCUCCAGGCGGUCUGGAAGGACGCGCAAAGACUCCUCGCAACAAAGUAG